ACCGCGCGCAGCCAAAUGGGCCCCCGGCCGGCGCGGCUCUGCAUUGUCGCUGCGCCUUUCGCCCGGUACGUGUGGCGACCAGACGACGACAUGACGCGCUUGCGAUACUCUGAGCUGGAGGGCGAGUUUGGCCGCAUCGCCGCCAGAGACUUCACCUCGCAGUUCCGCGGCGGCUACGUUCGCGCAGAACCGAGUGGCGCCGUCCUCCCCAAGUACUACACGGAAUUCGGCGAUCGCAUUCUGGACAUGACCGUCCACACUGAUGACCACUGGAUCGUCAGCUUUCCCAAGAGCGGUACAACAUGGACACAGGAGAUGGUGUGGUGUAUUCAGAACGACCUGGAUUUCGAGAAAGCAAAAAUCCCUCUUCCAGAGAGAUUUCCGUUCCUGGAACACUCGCCCCUGUUUGACUACAGAGAUAUUCUGCCCAGAAUCCCCGACUUGAAGUUGCCCUUGUAUGUAACAAAUUCGGUGAAGUACAUAGACGAGAUGCCUUCGCCGCGUUUUAUAAAGACACACAUUCCCUGGGAGCUGCUGCCUCGGCAGAUACAAGAUGGAUCAGUAAAGCCCAAGGUAAUAUACGUGGCCCGCAAUGCAAAGGACACGUGUGUUUCCUACUACCAUCAUUGUAAGCUCCUCGAAGGCUAUAAAGGCAGUUUCGACGAUUUCUGCAAGCUGUUUCUGGGAAAUUCUGUCUGUUUCUCACCAUUCUGGUCUCACAUCCUGAGCUUCUGGGAUCGAAGAAAUGAGCCAAACAUCUUGUUCUUGAAAUAUGAGGAUAUGAAAAAGGACCUUCCAUCUGUCAUUAGAAAGACAGCAAAGUUUUUAGGAAAAGAGCUCAAUGAUUCACAAAUUGAUGUCUUAGCUAAUCAUUUGAGUUUCCAAAAUAUGAAGAACAAUCCAUCAGUAAAUUAUGAAGCUGUUGUUGAGAUAAAUCGCACAUACAAUCUAAUAGCAGCUGAUGGAGAAUUCAUGCGAAGUGGUACAGUUGGAGAAUGGAAAGCUAAAAUGUCACCUGAGUUAAUUGAUAAGUUUGAGAAGUGGGAAGAGGAGAAUCUUAAGGACACUGGCCUUACUCUGUGAGAAGGUCUACAUGAAGUGUUACUAUCUGUCAUUAAAAUGAUGUCAGUACUCUACCAUCAUUUCAACUUCAUCUCUGAUCAACAGUCUUCCACUUGUAGAAAUGGCUCAGGUACUCAAAUAAGUUGUACAUAUUUACCUGUUUACAAAACAGUGAAACACACAUUUGUAUGCAGUCUACUUACAACAAAAAAGCAGUAACAUUUACAUAAGUGUAAAAUACCUAGUUGUAAAAUACAUCCCAUGACAAUACAACCAUUUAAGACAGGUAUGAAGUUCUGAAUGAUUAUGUUAAUCAAAAGUUUAGUUGUUGUUUUGUUUUGUAACAAAGUACUAGAAUCCACCAAUAAUGUGUAGUUAUUUUGAAAUACCUAAAUAUUUUACAGAAUGGUGGGAGCUGAGAACAAAUGGCAUCCAGUUGAAAAAAAUUCUUUAUUAAUAUAAAACUCUGUUGUGUUACCUCACUGAUACAUUCAGUUAUUAAGUAAGGUUACUGCCUUUAUCUUAAUAUCCAAGUACAAAACUAUACAAUCUUCAAGAAACUAAUAAGAUAAGUUUAGCUCUACAUGUCUUUUUAAAAUGACUUCUUACAGAAUUACAAAUGAUGUACUAAUAGCCAAAGAUGUUGUAAGAAGUGCCAUGCUACUUAGUCAGUAGUCAUCCACUGCAUACCUACAUUUAUUUUGUUGAACUGCAUAUGUGUGAAUUUGACAAGAGUAAUACCUGUGUUUUUCUCACAUUAACCUCAUGUAACAAUAAGGUCUUCAAUUUUGACUUCUUUCAAUUUUCUUCAUUUUGAAUGUAUUUUAUUGUUUUUGCAUUUAAAACUAAUACUUCAGUUCCAGUAACCUUUUUUAUAAUGAAACUUUUUGUACAUUCUGUAAAUAAAUUGUGAAUAAAUGAUACAUUUGCACAA